AAAGGAUGAAAUCUCAAUGCCCGAGUACGGAUAGAUUAAGCACUCUUCCUCAAAGCAUAAUUGAAAAUAUUCUUACUCUGAUGCCAAUUAGAGAUGCAUUAAAAACAAGCAUUUUGUCAAAGAAAUGGAGGUAUUGCUGGACAGGAAUGCCUAAGCUUGAAUUUUGUUACGACUUUACACUUCACUAUGGACCUUUGGAGAAAUACAAGUUUCUCAGUGCCAUCUUCCAUGUUUUGUUGCUACACAAGGGUCCAUUAUUGGAGUUCCGUCUAAUUGUUGGUGUUGCUGACAUGGAAAUGGUGUUUGAUCAGAUUAUACCUUAUCUUUCAAGGAGCAACAAUGUGAAGAAUUUUAUAUUAGUUAGUCAAGACAUCUACAGGCUACCCACUUCGUUCUUUUCAUGGCAAGGAUUGGAGCUUUUAUCUCUCGAAAGUUGUAAUCUUGAACCUCCUUUGAAAUUCAAUGGAUUUAGUAAGUUAAAGAGAGUGUGGUUCAUUGAUGUAGAGAUUUCUGCCUAUACGCUUGAAUGCAUCUUCUCCAGUUGCCCGCUACUCGAGGAACUCACUUUGGUUGAUUAUGAAGAAGAUCUUGUAGGAGACAACAACUUUACAUGUGCUAAACUUGUAACGUGUGUGCCUUUAAUUAAGUUUUUGCACCUCUCAAGUAAAUAUAUAAAGUACUUGUCUGCGGGUGGUAUGCCGCAAAAGCUUCCGACUUCACUAGUCUAUCUCAAAACACUUUACUUGGAUGUGUGUUUUAUGAAACAAGAUGAGAUUUCUUGUGCUCUUUGUCUUCUCAGGAGCUCCCCGAAUUUAGAAAAAAUUAAUUUUCAGAUGUAUGAUAAUGAGAAGUUUCCUGUUCAACAAAAUUCCAUCAAUUCUCUUGAUCCUGAGGACUACUCUGAUUUGAAAUUGGAUCAUCUUCUGCAAUUGGAGAUUUAUAUGUUCAGUAACUUGUUUCUUGAGAUGGAAUUUGUAAAACUCAUCAUGGCUAAAUCGCCUGUGCUAAAGAAGGCGCUUAUUAAGUUUAAUGACAAUGUUUCUGCUGAUGAAGAAAUGGGGAUACUUAGAGAUUUGAUACUACUUCCAUUCCCUCGAGCAUCACCUUCAGCCAAGUUAACCGUUGAACGCUCUGAAAAGACUCGGUGA